GAAAUUGCAUCAGCCGCCCCCGCACUUCGGACACCUCGUGAACACUCGAACACCGGGGAAGGCUCCUCUCUCUCAGAGGGCCUUCUCGCCCUCGGAGGGCUAUAUAACUUGAGAUUGGGGAGCCCGAAAUCGCCGAUUGCCGAUUAACCAGUCGACAAUGCUACUUGUAUAUUCACUGUAUAUAAAAGUUCUCCUUCAGUACUCCCACUCCAGGCCUGUUUCCUCGGGGCCAUGCUAGCAGCGAGCCACAGCCCCGACUCUUGGUUCUGUACCUGAGGCCGUCACCCUCCCGAACCGCAACAACUGGUGGCAGCGGAGGGAUAGACUCCACGCAGACCAUUGAUCGCACGUGUGGGUGAGUGUCUGGCUUUUCCCUUUGAGUACUCACCAGGCUUUACCUUCUGGGUUAAAUAGUGUAAAGCGGGUGUUUUGUUUUGUGACUGUCUGUGACGCAGCAUUUGUUGCACGCCAUAAUAGUAGUUUUGGGAUUUGGCCAGUGCUCGGAACGAUCAUGGACCUCCAUUCGCUGCGUAAGCCAGAAUUGAUACGUAUCUGCGAGGAGUUAGGUGUGGAUAUCAGGGGACUAAAAAGAAAGCCGCUCAUUAUCAAGGCACUUCUCGACUUUGGUACAGAUGAGGCCGAGUUAUCGGAGUGUUGGGAGGAAGUGCAGAGAAUAGACAAAGAGAAAAGGGAGCUAGACGAACAGGAGCGGAGCGACAGACUCAAGUCGCAAGAGGCGGAAUUGAAGCUCCAAGAGGCGGAAUUACAAUGCCAAGAGCAGGAGCUCGAGAUGAAGAGACUUGAACUCGAGCUAGUAAAGUCAAGGGGUGAUCGGGAAGGCAGCCCGGCAUCGAGCACAGAAGAAGGCAAAUCAUUUAAGAUGAAGAACUUAAUGCAGCCUUUUAAAAUCGGAGAGGACGUUGGUUUGUUCCUGGUGAACUUCGAGCGCACUUGCGAAAAGGUCGGGUUCGCUAGGCUCACGAAAGACGAAGCGGAGGACUAUGAAAAGGUCAAAACAAGCCUCCUUAGAAAGUAUCGUCUUUCCGCUGAGGCCUUUCGGCAGCGUUUUCGUAGCGCCGAGAAGAAGCCGAAAGAGUCAUUUCCGGAGUUUGCUUACAAUUUGAGAGCAAAUCUAGCGGAAUGGCUCAAAGGCGUAGACGCGCACGGGGACCACGAUAAAGCAGUGGAGUGCAUUUUCUUAGAGCAGUUUUUGUGUCGCAUCUCUGAGGAGACCCGCUUUUGGGUUCAAGAUAAGCCGGACGCUAAGGCUGUUCAGAGGGCCGCGGAGCUGGCGGAAGAGUUUGCGACUCGCCGGGCCUUAGACGAGAAAGGUCACCCGCGUAAAGAGAAAGCGUUCCCGCCUGGCAAAAGAGAUGACGGGAGGUGGCCAGGGGGUCGAUUUUCGAGAGACGGGCGGCCAAAGAGGGUCGAGGGCGAAAACCGGAAGGAACCAGCGCAAACGAAAGGAGAGGCCGGCGACGGUGCCGAUGGCACGGUGGAUCACGAGAAAAAAAAAAGUCGUUUGAGGCUCGCCGGCCCCUAACAUGCUAUAGACCUUUUUCGCAUAACCUCAAACCAGCCAGUAACUGACGUACCCUCGACCUGGUGCAUUUUUGGAUUGCCCGCUGACACAGGGUAUGCAACCGCCAAGGGUAUGGGCGAAAAUGCUUAAAAACGGACGUCGUGCAUGAGUUAAUUCCGAGUGCUCCUUUUUACCGUACUGUAAUUUCCGAAAACCUACCGUUGUCUGGCUACCACUGCGUGGUCGAUGGAUAAAUAAUUUUAAAAAGCAUAAGAACAGUAGCAGCAAGUGUGCCAUGAGCA